AUGUGUGGAAUAGGUGCUUACUUCUUCUGGUAUCUUUGGUACGGAAGCCUCUCCAGUCCAUUGAUAAUCACUAUCCAAUCAUCUAUGUACCCGAUAUCAAACAUUGAGUUCCCAGCAAUUGCUAUUUGCAAUACAAAUAUAAUAAGCAAAAAAGCAUUAUUAGAAUUAGAGUGGAACAAUUAUAAGACAAAUUUGGCGCCCAAAUGUAAAGAAAUGCUCCUACUCUGCAUGUGGGCUGGGAAGAAGGUCGAUUGUAAAAGUAUCUUCCAGGCCCGACGCACAAGCAAGGGAUUCUGUUGCACUUUUAACUAUGUUCGUGAUUAUAAAACAGGUGGAAAACCCACCAAACUAAUAAACCAAACAAGACGUCAGCAUUAUCCCGGGGCCCUAUACGGAUUGAAUUUAAUAAUCGAUCCCCUUAUAGAAGACUAUUCUUACAUGACCCGAGCUGUGCAAGGUGUAGAAACACUGAUCUUUGAUCCAACGCACUACGCGGACCCGAACAUUGGCAGAGUGUCGCAGCGACUCGCACAACCGGGCCACUUAAUGUUCCUCGGUCUGAGCUCCACAAAACAAAUCGCUACGCCGGAAGUGCGCAAAUACAGCGUCGAAACGGUAGCGUCGGUGGUGUUGCUGGAAUUUUAUUAG